CCAGCACUCCUGAAAUGCUAGCAGCAGCUAGAGCCAGGAGAAUAUUGGUGUAGUAAGCGAAUGUAGAAAACUAAAAGAUUGGGUCCACGUCAGACAUUUAUUUUACUUGGAGGUCUGGCUUCCUGCCAUGCAUUCAGGCAAUAAAUUGGCUGUAACAGAGCUGCUUCUAGCAUUCUGCUGAGUAGAAGUAUCCCAGAAGAGACAAUAAAAGGCAAAAUAAGGACUGAAAAGUGAAGCAACUCGAGUUACCAGGGUUUCUCAAGUGCUCUUGCAAUGCUGCUCCGCUCAGGCCGCAGAAAGCCAUAUGAAGUGUUGUUCCAUGAAAGGAAGUCUGUUAAGAGGAAAUCUCUGCUGGGAACUGUGAAAACAGCUUCCAGAAAACCAGCAUUGUGUUUGCGAGAAACACUGAAAUGCUAUAUACUGACUGAAGAUUCAAAAACAGUGCAUUUUGACAUAGAUGAAGAUGGUCACCAUGAAAUAUCAACCAAGGAUUCACAAUCCCAUGAAGAUAUUGCGUGGUUAAGUGUGUUUACCAGGAAUGAAUCAGCAGUUACUGGUAAGACUUCUGUUAGAAUAAAAGAUUCUAAAAAUGUGGUGAUCCUCACUCAGAGAUCAAAGCUUAAUGAAUUUGUCCUAUUGUGCAAGGGUAAGAAGCAUCUUUCUCUGAAGGUCUUAAAAGCAUGCAGUUCAGAGCCAGAUUAUCCUUCAGUGGAAAAAUGCAACAUGAAAACAUGCAACCAUGAAGAUCCUGAUGUCAAACAGCUGAGUGAAGAUAAUCACUUUUUCAUCAUGCAUUACCAAGGUGAUUCAGUGCAGUUCCAGUGCUACGAAGACACAAGUUACUACCUGUAUGUGAAAGAUGACUCGCUUGAUAUUCGCAAGCUGGAAAACAAAGAACCCAACGAGGACAAAAAUUUUUACUUCAGGGUGUCAUAUUUACAGGAAAAGUAACUUGUCUAUCUUGCAGUGGCCUAGGUGCCCAAACAACUUGUAUAAUAACAGAAGCUAGCAGAAAAGAAGGAAAUUUGAGAUCAUCUAAUUUCCAUCCUGGCUUAACUUUCACUUCUUUGUAGUUUCUUUGCGUGAUUACCAUCCUUUAUUUCUGUACUUUCAAUAGGAAAAGAGAAGGGCUAGAUUUGAAAAACAUAUUAAUUGGUCAGUCUUUUUUUGUCUUACCUGCACAGUUAUGCUUUUAAGGAGCUGAAUUCUUCUGAAAGGGAAAAAAUACACGGGGGAUAUUUCAAAGACAGGAAAAAGAAGGAAGCAUACAUGGAUAUGAAACACAAAGCACAGUUAGUUCUCUGUGUGGUAAACAUUUUACUUUUAAAAAUGUCUCUUAAAAGCUCACCUGAACUUCAGAAGAAAAGAUUUAGAAGUUAUUAAAUGCAUAUGUGUA